UGGCCGAGCACCGACGUCGUGCCACAUUCGGGCCGCAGUUUGAAUCGCGACAACAGCCGGAAGUCGCGCGCUUCCGCACGAGUCCUUCCGUCGACCAAGGACCGACAAUGUCUUUCUAGAUUACUCUUGAAACGUACGAUACGGUUCUUCGACGUCAUCGUCAUCGAUUCGCUCCUCCUAUCCUUCCCAUUAUUUUUUUCUCUCUCUCUCUCUCUCUCUGUUCAACCCUAAACGACAUCCUGACACUAGCUCGAGUUAUGUGGUGCGCGGGUGAGAACGAAAGACAGUGGACAUCGAUCGCGAUCGUUAAAACGAUCGCAAGGGCCUGUAGAACAUCCUCGAGGAUGCUUCCGAUACGCGAUGAUCAGCUUGCUCCUUUUCUUAUCAAUCAGAGCAUCCUCUGAACUCUGAAGAACUGGCUAUCGGAGAUCGUCUUUUAUCAAUCGGUGUUCAGGGUAUCACGUUUGGAAUAAUUAGUGAUACCUGAAGAACUGAUUCUCUCGAUGCGUUCAGGACGAAAAAUAUCCACGGUUUGUCGAGUCGCGACACCGAUAACGGUGUACCCGAUUGCACAACUUCGAAGCACCGGAAGAUGGAACUAAGAACUCGGUUAGACAUGACGAAGUGGAACACCGAGAAUUGAAGUUCCGGGGAUUUACGUGGCCUACUUAGGCGCAGUCCUUCGCUCGAAGGGUACGCAAGGAUGAUCGAGGGAUGAUUGGGUAUUGAGAUAAAGGCGUCAAUGGUUUUCAAGCUUCAUGCCACCGUGACUUUUGCCUACUGGAAUGGAGAUAAACGGGACAGAGAGCAGCCUGAAUGGCACCGAAACUAAUCGCACUACUUCGCCAGUUUUCAUCAUUAGCACUCGUUAUAUGACACAAUGGAAACGAGAGAGACAACGGGAACGUCUUUGUCGCAUGUACAAUCAAAUUUUAACGGAAUGCUCUCAGUUUAAUGGAACUUGGCCUGACCCGGAUGAUCCACGUUGGAACAGCGGGGAAUACGUGGAACUUCUGUCGGACUGGUUCCCAUCGAAUAUCACCAACGGCACGAUAGCGGGGAAUACAACAACCCUAUCAACUGCGGAACCUUUGACGCCUGUUCUACCACCCUUCGAACUCUGGCAGACGAUACUGAUUGCUUUCUCCCUCGCAUUAUGUAUACUGUUAACUGUCGGCGGUAACAUUCUCGUCCUUCUGGCAUUUAUCGUAGAUAGGGCUAUCAGACAACCGAGCAACUAUUUCAUUGCCUCGUUAGCAGCCACCGAUAUGCUCAUUGGCACUGUGUCCAUGCCAUUCUACACGGUCUACGUUCUAAUGGGCUAUUGGAAUCUGGGGCCCUUGCUCUGCGACCUAUGGUUAUCCGUGGACUACACGGUAUGCCUGGUAUCCCAGUACACAGUUCUACUGAUUACCAUCGAUCGAUUUUGUUCGGUGAAGAUUGCGGCGAGAUAUCGCAGCUGGCGUACGAAAAAUCGGGUGAUCUGGAUGGUAACCAUCACCUGGAUCAUCCCAGCACUGCUAUUCUUCAUCAGCAUCUUCGGCUGGGAACACUUCAUUGGGUACAGAGACCUAAGUCCUGGUCAGUGUGCUGUGCAAUUUCUCAAGGAUCCAGUUUUCAACACCGCAUUGAUAAUUGGCUACUACUGGACAAAUCUGGUCGUUCAAUUUAUUCUGUAUGCCUGUAUAUACAAGACAGCCUAUGAUAUGCAGAAGAAAAGCGAAGCUAAACAAAGGAAGAUGCAGUCUAUGGUGGCUCUAAGUGCUGGCGCUAUGACAGGAAUGGCGGGACGCGCAGCUGGUAUAGGAAUAUCCAAAACGCAGAGUACUCUAUUGAGCCAGGAUAAGCCGAAAGGUGGUACAUCAGGGGAGGAAGGUGCAGGAGGAGAUGGUUCAGUUCAAAAGACCUCUUCGAAGACUUCUGGAAUCGGUAUGACCGAUUCCACUGAGAAACAGACAUGCGCCAGCACUGUCCCCACUGAGACAGAGAAGUCCGAAAGAUCUAGCAGUCCAGCGUUUGAUUCUGACGACGAAAGCACUAUGGGUCCAGCCCAACAAACUGGAGGUACCAGAAAACGAUCUUCCUUGGCUGGUUUAGUUGCUCAGUCUGGUGCUCUUCAGAUGUUCACCACCAAUGGCCACUUGAAUGGGAUCGUUCCUAUCAAGGCCGACACUACUGCUCCAGUAGCCAGGAAAACUCUCCCACCAGGUUCUACUUGCGACAUAGGCACGGCGACGCAGAAGACUCAGACGUUGCCGAAGAUACAGGAGCUCAGUCUCCUGGAUACUGACAAUCCAGCUGAACUUGAAAAAUCUAGCAGUCAGACGCUGACGCCUGAGCAGUCGUUAAAAUCGAGCGGCGAAAGUGGGAAUCAACAGGCUGUAACCUCUGCGGAGACCUCGCCACCCACCCAUCCCAGUCGCUCGAUCAGCAGCAAUCAGCAGAAUAUCAUCCCACCACCUUCGCAGUUCCAAAGCAGUCCUCCAGUGUCUGAGAGUCCUCCAACCUCUUCAUCUACAGACAGACCCAAGUCAUUGGUCGUGUCAUCCCAUGGCCCAGGUACCUAUGACAUCUUGACGGGUCUGGACGGUGGAGACUUGAGGUACAUGGACGAGAGUUCAGUAAUUCUGCCCAGUCCUUCCUAUGAGAGUCCUCCGUCUUCCUUUUCGUGCAGCCUAGCGAAUCCUCUAUCUACCACUCCUUCGUCCCCCAUCCUGGGGAAUGUUACUUCAGCAGCUAACACGAGCCUUUUGCAAGCUGCUCUGAUCAGAGCCACAGCCCAGCAGGCCAACAAUCAGCAGCCAGUCCAGGGUAAACACAGCCAGCUUCAGCCGGUAAUGUCCAACGCCUCGAGUCAAACUCAUCCUCCUCGCGUGUUCAUCACCCAAAAGACCAACGUUGCGUCCCAGACAUCGCCAACAGUGAGCAAAGUGCACACUGAAGUAACUGUCAAGGCUGAAGACACGAAGCAGCAGCCUGUGACGACAGUCGUCAGCACCCCUGCGGUGGAGACGUUCAGUAGUUCCACUAAUCAAUGUCUAGAGCAGGUCACGAAGGCGAAUCCUCCACAAAACUCUUCGUCUAGCGGCAGUAUGGUGCCUACUAUGUCUGGGACGACGAUGAACGAACCAGAAAAGGAUACCAAAAAACAGUCGAAGAAGAAGGAUCCUCGCGAGGAAGGAGGAUCCAGAAGGGACUUCGUGAAGUCGAUUGGAAAGCGUUUGAAGACGAAAACGCAACGGAGGGAUGCAUUGAUCAGUAGACAGAAAUCUCGGACGGAAAAUAGAGCUAGGAAAGCGUUCAGGACGAUAUCCUUCAUCCUGGGCGCCUUUGUCGCCUGCUGGACACCCUAUCACAUCUUGGCGCUGGUCGAAGGUUUCUGUUCGACGCCGCCGUGUACCAACGAGCAUCUAUUCAUGUUUUCCUACUUCCUCUGUUACGCCAAUAGUCCGAUGAAUCCGUUCUGUUACGCUCUGGCCAAUCAACAAUUCAAGAAAACCUUCACGAGAAUACUGAAGGGUGAUCUCCACAUGACGUAAGGAGUAACCGGAGUAGGGGAACGUGUGUUACGAAGAAGAAGGCCUUCCAUAAAUACUACCGAAUUACAUUUAUGUACCGCCAUGGUUCAUGGUGAAAUUGGACAAUAAAAAUAAGUUUGCGAUGCAAACUGCUCUAAAGAAGAUUCGCUAUAGCGAGCUUCGUGUAUGUAUAUAAGAAUAGAACGCGCUGGUGUAGCUUUAGAAAGCAUUCUCGGAUGUACAUAAUGUAUAUGUAUGAGUAUCUGUUAAGUCUUUUUGCGGGAAAUAUGCAACACGUAGGAAAACGUGUGUACAACGCCGGGCAUGGAGGCCUCCCUAGUGGGAAAAUGGCGAUCUAGGGAAAAGUGGCUCACCAUUCACAUAUAAUCAUUUAAUGGUGAUAAUUUCAUUUAAUGCUUCUAUUCUUUAGUUACAUGUUGAAUUUUAUAGUAUUUAAUAAUGUAAAAUUAUAUCAAUUUUAAUAUCAAUAUAGAAUCUUGAGAAUUUUUCAUGCAUGACGAUUCUGAAGUAUUAUAACAUGUGGUGAGGUUAUUUUCCCCUAGAUCGCCAUUUUCCUAUGGAAUCGGUUACCAUAUCCGACACUGUACAUGUCCCUAGAUUUAGAUAUCUGUGCGUACUGCAUGUAAUAAUCGACACGAUAAGCGCUUCAAUAUUUGAAUUGUUACGUGACGAAAUUAAACACGUUCAAUUCUCAAAUACUUAUCGUUCGAAAUACGCAUAAGUUUCUUAGUUAAACGAACGAUCGUAUCGUUCCUGAUGAAAGACAACAAAAGUGAAACAUUAGAAAAAUGUCGACGGAAGACACUGCUGUGUCGCAGUGAAUGUUCUCGAGUCGAGGAAGAAGCUUUCAUUAUUAUCUAUUUCUUUUUGUUUCAGCAGUCAGAUGCACUGCGAACUUAUAGCACGAACUGUUUUUCUCAUCUUUCCAAAGGUAGACGAAUAUUGUUUGCGAGCAACGAAACUAACGGGGUGGCUCAUCAUGAAGAAGUACCAAACGACCAAGGAUUAUUCAAAAACGCACUGCCUUGGAGUGGCCUACUCGUACACGGGCCUUCUUUCUCCGAAUUCUGUUAGAUUUGGUACUGUCUUUGUGUACAUAUGUGUGCAAGGGUGGUUUCUUUUGGUUAUGGGAAAAUAAUGGGGGAAGAACCUCCCAUCGGAUUUUUUAAUUCGACCAUGAGUGCAUUCUGAAUGCACUUUGGAGCUUGGUGCAUUGCUACAGAUAAAAAAACCUUAGAUAUCUAUACUAAAACUCGUGAUAAAAUUAUCUGAAGAUAAAAAACCAAAAAAAUCUUAAGAAUUUAAUUUAUCUUUUAUUCAGGAUAACAUAACUUCCCUUCAAUUUUUCCUUAAUCGAAAGAAGCCAUCUUUACGUACAACCAUAUGAGCCCCCAUGGAUUUCUAAAGUAUAGUAUUUCAUUCCAACACGUAACACGUAUUUGUCGCGUUGUUAUGAAUCUUCCUUACUUAUAUGUGUAUACGAAUCGCUUAUUGUUAGUGAUAUUUCUUUCACGAGAAAAUAUCGGAACACUACACCUUCGUACCUUUUCAGCAAUUUUAUAAAGUAAACAUCAUUAAAAUUUCGACAGAAUAUGCUUUUUAAAAAACAACAAACACCAUCGAAAAAUACAAAUCGGUCUCAUGAAACUAGUCACGCUGAAAGCUUUUGAUAUAAUCAAACAUGCUUUCAAUCAUAAUGGAAUUAUUAAUCAAUAAACAAAGCAUCUUGAAAUUCUUAAUCAAACGUCAUAUUCUGCAAGUUAUUUAUAUUUUUAAAUAUCUAUGCUGUGCAAAAAAGCCAUAAAAUGGAGUUACUUUAUCAAGAAUGAAAGCUUGAAUUGCUAUAAACGUACAAUUAUAAGCUUACUUUUAUAACAGCUUUUAUGCAAUAUUAUAUUAAGUAAUGGAAAGGGACAGUUUAUAUUUCCAAUGAUUUAAUCAUUAUCAAGCGUUUGUACCUUUUUUACCUGGAAACGAAAGCGUAAGUUUACGUGGAUUACGAUUCACUCGUAAAAGUAAUAAUUUUUCAUAUUGAUUGCGUUUUGAUCCAAUUAAAACGCGUCGAAUGCUUCGCAGUGGCUACUUUAAUUAAUAAUUGUCGAUAAUUGAUUAACAGACUCGAUUUUGGUACGAGUGAAAAUUACGAGACACAAGAAGCUAACAAAAUUUUAUACGACUCGUAAUAAACAAUCAAUUAAUUUUUAGUUACAUUGGCGCUUUAUAUGUUUUUCGAAAUUCACUGCCAAUAGCUGCAAUUUAUUUUGAAUUAUUUUCUCUUGUUCUUUAAUUCUAUUUCGAUUCUAGAUCGAUGCAUUAUAUACGACACUAAGCUUGUAAAAUAAUUUUUUUUUUUUCAAAUUAAAACUCCUCGGUAUAUAUUCACAAGAGAAACGAACAGAGACGAUCGAUUAAAAAUCGAUGGGAGUAACGUUUGUCUAUUGAAAUGUCAAUUUUUUGGAACCUUCAGAUAAAAGGUCAAUAAAUGUAUAACAUGUGAAUACUAUUUUCAUGAAGCAGAUCAAAACUUGAUCUUUGAAAAUGAGGAACAUGGCGAUAUACACUCUGUGUAAAAGUCUUGAAUUCUAAUGUAACUUUUAAUAUGAUUUUAUUAAUAUUUUUAAUUCAAAAUGGUUGACGUAGAUAUUGGAUUUCUUUUUCAUUUAUUAUCCAUCAAGCUUCACAUUAUUAUAUUUCAAAUUUACAUGGAUCAAGAAAUUCAUGAGUACAACUCAUUACUCCUUUAUUGAAUUCUUUCCUCCACAACUUCUUAAGGUAAUAAAGGAAAAUUUCACGACUUGAAAAGCUAGGCAUGCAAUUAUUUUAAAUAAGCCGCUCCUAGUACUUGUUUAAACCACUCCAAUAAAUUAUUUAGUCUGAAGGUUAUACACAAAAUGUUUGUGCUAUUCUAUUUAAUAAUUCAUUAUUCAUUUAUGUAACUUCAAAGAAAUUGAGUCAUUAAUAAUAAUUGCAAACACAUUCUAGAAGCGACGAAAAUUAAGAUUUGAUUUUGUUGUAUAUAAUUUAAGACUUUUGCACAGUAAAAUUCAUCUAAAAUCUCAGUGUUCACAUAAAGAGAAUAGUAAAGUUACUUCUGAGUGAACUCAUAACUCAUCGUCUCUAAUAUUCCACACACGAUUAAUAUAAAAUAAAAUUAUAUGAAAUAUCUUGUGGUCUAUAUUACGUAGCGGACAUACAGUAGUAUAAUCAAUAAUAAAUAAGGCGAAUAGAGAUUAAGUUUGAUAAAGUUAGAGAAGUGUAACAUUAACUUCUUGCCUUAGAUCAUUCAUAAUUUAU